AUUCGCGACAUGAAAUCUGGAAAGACUGGUGACCAACCCUCCCACCCUCUCUUGUCUUGCGACCAAAACUAGUUUCAAGACGACCGGGCGAAAAUAUUUUUCUUUCCCUUGAACGAACGGAUGAUUGAGGCGUCAACUUCCCGACAUUUCAUCCGACAUCUCCCCUCUCUAGACAAAAGUUUGUGGAUCCUCCAAGAGUUUGGGAACUAAAGAUUGAUAGAAAGCCUCCUUUUUUCUGUAGGUGGGAACUUUGAAAACAUGGAUUGGGGGACGGAUCUUUGGGACCAGUAUGAUGGUAUUGAUAAACACACCCAGUCAGGACUGGAUCUGGUGGACCGAUAUGUGAAGUUUGUGAGAGAACGGACCGAGAUAGAACAGAACUACGCCAAGCAACUCAGAAACCUCUCCAAGAAAUACCUUAAACGAGGCAGCAAGGAGGAGCAAGAGUGUGGGUUCACCAAUCACCAGUCAUUCCAGGACAUUGUGAAUGAGCUGAAUGACUAUGCGGGCCAGAGAGAGCUGAUAGCAGAGAACAUGAUGACUGGAAUCUGUGUAGAACUCACCAAAUACCUUCAGGACCUCAAACAAGAACGCAAAACAUACCUGGCCGAUGCCAAAACUCAACAGAACUUGGAGAUCAGUUUCAAACAGCUAGAGAAUACUAAGAGGCGUUUUGCCAAGGAGUGGGGAGAGGCAGAGAAAGCCACACAACAAGCGGAGAAAAUUGAGAACGACACAAACGCUGUGAAAGCAGAUGUUGAGAAGGUGAAGCAGCAUGCCCAUGUGAAGACACACACAGCGGAGGAGUGCAGGAACGACUAUGCCGCCCAGCUCCAGAAAUACAACAAGGAACAGAACACCUUCUACUACACAGAGAUACCGCAGCUGUUUAAUAAGCUGCAGGAUAUGGAUGAGCGGCGUAUCAGGUGCUUGGCAGAGGGCUACAGUCAGUUUGCUGAGGUAGAGAAGAAGGUUUUACCCAUCAUCACUAAAUGUCGUGGGAUCAGUAUGGCAGGGCGGAACACCAACGGCAAACAGGACUCCUUGCGGUUUAUAGAACAACACAAGUCAGGUUUUGAGCGACCGGCUGAAGUGGACUUUGAAGACUACAGCCAAGGUAUCAAACCAGCCUCCUCAGACGCCAACCUCAACCAACCUAAAAUACGCACUAAACUGUGGCCCUUCAGUCACAAGAAAACCAAGUUCCAGAGGAUAAAUGCUGACAAGCACAUGUCUCCAGCUGCUGAGGACUUCUCUCACCUGCCUCCAGAACAGAGGAAGAAGAGACUUCAGUCCAAGAUUGAUGACAUCACCAAGGAACUUCAAAAGGAGCUGGACCAGAGUGAGGCAUUAGAGAAGAUGAGAGGUGUUUAUGAACGGAACCCUCAGAUGGGAGACCCAGCCAGUCUAGAACCUCAGAUCACCCAGACCUCGCAGAACGUUGGACGACUCAGGGGACAACUCACCAAAUACGAG